CACAAAACUCCCCAAAAUGGCAUAUUUGCAACCAAGACUCUUGGGAAAAUUUAGUAUUUUCUUUCUCCUUUGCAUAGUUCAAACUUCAUUUUCUUUUUCUUCCCAUCAACAUUUGUCCUCUAGACACCUUUUGACAACUACCCCAAGCAACAUAGUCAAACAAUACCUUACUCCCCACAACAAAGCUAGAGCAAAACUUGGACUUCCACCGCUCAAAUGGAGCAAUAAACUAGCAAAUUACGCAAGCUGGUGGGGACACCAACGACAGGUGAGUUGUGAGUUGGUUCAUUCCCGUGGCGACUACGGGGAGAACCUCUUUUGGGGGAGCGGAAAGGAUUGGAAGCCAAGCGAUGCUGUCACGAUGUGGACGAAAGAAAGACCAUAUUAUGAUUAUAAGAGCAAUUCUUGCAAGAAAAAUGAGCAAUGCUUGCAUUAUACACAGAUUAUUUGGAAACAGAGCACAAGAGUUGGCUGUGCAAAAGUUUUAUGCAAAACAGGGGAUACUUUGAUUAGUUGCAACUAUGAUCCUCAUGGUAAUGUAGAAGGAGAAAAGCCCUUUUAACACAACAUUUAGAAUCUCAUUCAAUGAUUGUUGGGUUUGUGUUCUUUAAAGAUAAGGUGUGAAUUGAGAUUUGAGAAAUGUACAUAUACUGUGAAUUGGGAAAUGUGGGGAACUAAGUGAAAGGAAAACGAAAAUUCGUUUCCCCCUCAUUGGUAGAAUCGAGGAAAAGUUAUGUCUUUAUAUUAAGAAACACUUCUUUUAGCUCUUAAAGGAUUAAAAAGACAGGACACUUCCAGUGGAGCCACUUCAUGAGCCGAGUGGCAUUGUCGACACAUUUCUAUUGAUCCCAUGGAAGACUUUGACACAUGUGCUAUAUGUGCGACUGAGUUUGAUGAGGUAAGGCUCUUACGAGUUCUUCCUUACGGCCACGUAUAUGACCAUGACUGCAUCCUUGAAUAAGUGUUGACAAAUGCUAUUCAAUGCCCAUAUUGUUGGUACGACAGAGUUACAUAAUUUAGGGAACAUAUUUUUAUGUAUAGCUAGUGGAAGAAAUGUAACCCGCUUAUGUAUUACCUUAGGAGAUUAUGCACUUGAAAGCUUAAUAUAAUUGUCUCUGUGUUUUUACAAGCUAAGUCAACAUUCCUGUUUUUG